CAUCGAUCUAUUGUCAACCAUGAAUAAUUCGAAGUUCCGCUGUUUCGAAGUUUUUCUGUUAGUCCCUUGAACUUCGAAACAUCGAAGUUUGACUGUAUAAUGUUAUUAGAAUAAUUUUAGGAUUUGGUGAGGUAUUGACAAAUCCUAACUUUCAUUAGGAUAAGUGAAGUGAGGUCAUUAUCUUAAAACAUAUAUUCCUGUAAAGUCAUGUGUUUGAUGAGAUUACAAACUUAAAUUGAAUGUAUCUAUAAUAAUUUAAGAACUAGAAAAUCUAUAAUGAUAUGCAUAUAAAUAUAUAUAAUGUAUAUAAAGAAAACAACUUUGUUAUUAAGAAUUAUGUCAUUGUGAACGAUGACGUUUAUUAAUUUAUUAGUACACUUUUUUGUAUGUAAAUUUUAAAUAUGAUUUAUAUGUAAGAUUGUCUCGGAAAAAAUCAUUUUCAGGACUAUUCAUCCUUACAUAUAAAUUGUUCCUUCUGUAUACAAUGAGUUAAGAUAAUGUUACUAUGUGUAUGUUGGAAAAAUGGAAGCUAAAAAAGCAUUGACCAUUUAACAUGAUCUUUCUGUAUAUUUUAUUGUGCAUCAAUACUGAUGGGACCAUCAGGCCUAAAGUUUAAAUGAAAUGUUGACAUGUUGAGAUCUGAGCUGAGUGUAAAAUGUAAACUUUAUUUAUUUUACAACAAUUGCGAAAUAAGAUAGAUUAACCUAUAUUGAUCACUCUUGUUGGCCUGUACGGAAGUGUGCGAGGGGUCUUACUGUGGGAGGAAACCAGAGUGCCUGGGGAAAACCCACGUGGUCACUGGUCAGGCAGGUGACCCCAAACGUUUUCACGGAAAUCAAACCCCUGUCAUCUAGGUGAAAGGCAAGCAUGUAUCCACUGUGCCAUCCUACCACCCAACCAGUGUAUUUACCAUUAUUUUAAUUAUAAUUAAGAGAAUGCUGUAUUUUUAUGGUAUUUCAACCAUUUGGUCAUGAGGCUUGGUACUUUAUUAAUCAUAUGACAUUUAGACUGUAUAAAUGACACUGCAUUGGUGCAAACAUCACGUCAUGCAUAUGUUAUAAAUUCUAUAUCGAGACAGUUCAUUAUUGAUAUCAAAUUUUACAUUUCUCAAUCUUUUUGCUGUUUUAUAAUGAUUUGUAUAUAUAUGUAUUCAGAUAAUGAAGUUAGUUCUUAUAAACAUCCAUUUGAUGACACAGCUGUUUAGAAAAAUUAUUAAUUCCCAUGGCUUUUAUUAUGCUGAUAUCUUGUUUCUUGCUUGCUCAAUUAGAUUGCCAACACAAGCCAGAAUAAUUGAUUCACUGGUAUCAAUUAAAGGUUGCUGAUAGCCUGUUUCGGCACAUUACCUAGGGGUAAAUGAAUUUUACACUAUUACACUAUUGCAUUAGUCCCCUUUGUAUGUUGCUGUUUCGGGUAUCGGUGAGAUAGCUCACACAUAUAUGAACAGAUGAAAAAUAAACAUAUUUCUAAGUCUGUAUUUCGUUUUAGAUACAGUUGAUAAGUAAAUAAUUGAUAUUCAUAAGAUUUUUAUAUUUCGGUUCUUUUUGUCUAUAGUUGAGAAUAAAUGACCUUGGAUUUGACAAAUAUUUUAUCACCUGCACAUUUUAUGGUUUUUGAUCAAAGAUUUUGUCAUAUAGCCUGCAGAAAGCAUCUCUUAAAUUAAAUGUUUUAAAUCAAAUAGGCUGCAAGAAAUACAUAAGAAUUUACAGUUUAUCAUAAUAAUCAUGUAAAAAGUUAAAUUUACAAUCUAAUAAAUGUUGGGUAGCAAAUACAGGGAGUGGACGAUCCAACGUUCGUGUAAAAAGUUUGGUCGAAUUCUAUGACACCCAGUAGAUUGAUUUCACAAGGAAUACAAAAGUCAGGCUGUGGAAUAGACCGUGACAAUGUCUUACGGGGUAGUUUGGCUUUAAUAGAUCAAGUGUUGACAAGUUUAUAUACAGUAUACGCACAAAAUAAUUUACAUAUAUUGUCAAAAUGUUUGUUGUAUAUAAAGGUAACUGUAACAGCAUUGACAGUGCGUAUCAUGUAACUUAUCAUUCUAUUAAUUAAUUAGUACUUCCUUAUUUGGUGCUUGUAUUAAUUGAUUAGUACCUCCUUAUUUGGUGCUUACUGAUUGAGGAAUGUUAACUUUGGUGACUAUUAAGUUGAUGUCAUCAUAUUUCAAGAACAUUUAUAUGACACCUACUAUAUAAAAACUUUAACUACUAGGAUUAUAAUACUGUUUUGACUAGACCUUGAUUAUUGUUGAGUCAAGUAAUCGGCCAAAAUAUCUAGAAUUUGAUUUUUGAUGUUGUUAGUACAAGUCUAGUAAUCAGCUAAGAUAACAUUACAGAAUUUGUUUGUAUGAUCAUAAAAAAAACGUAUGUCAAUUCAAUAUCAUUCAGUACAAAUGUUUGAAAGGCAGUCAUGUAUGCUUAUCGCUGUUAGGGUGUGUACCAGAUGUUUGAUGGUUGUUAUGGGUGUGUACCAGAGGUUUGGUGGUUGUUGUGGGUGUAUACCAGAGGUAUGGUGGUUGUUGUGGGUGUGUACCAGAUGUUUGGUGGUUGUUGUGGGUGUGUACCAGAGGUUUGAUGGUUGUUGUGGGUGUGUACCAGAUGUUUGGUGGUUGUUGUGGGUGUGUACCAGAGGUUUGGUGGUUGUUGUGGGUGUAUACCAGAGGUAUGGUGGUUGUUGUGGGUGUGUACCAGAUGUUUGGUGAUUGUUGUGGGUGUGUACCAGAUGUUUGGUGGUUGUUGUGGGUGUGUACCAGAGGUUUGAUGGUUGUUUUGGGUGUGUACCAGAGGUUUUGUGGUUGUUGUGGGUGUGUACCAGAGGUUUGGUGGUUGUUAUGGGUGUGUACCAGAGGUUUUGUGGUUGUUAUGGGUGUGUACCAGAGGUUUGAUGGUUGUUGUGGGUGUGUACCAGAUGUUUGGUGGUUGUUGUGGGUGUGUACCAGAGGUUUGGUGGUUGUUGUGGGUGUGUACCAGAUGUUUGGUGGUUGUUGUGAGUGUGUACCAGAUGUUUGGUGGUUGUUGUGGGUGUGUACCAGAGGUUUGAUGGUUGUUAUGGGUGUGUACCAGAGGUUUGAUGGUUGUUAUGGGUGUGUACCAGAGGUUUUGUGGUUGUUGUGGGUGUGUACCAGAGGUUUGAUGGUUGUUAUGGGUGUGUACCAGAUGUUUGGUGGUUGUUAUGGGUGUGUACCAGAGGUUUUGUGGUUGUUGUGGGUGUGUACCAGAGGUUUGAUGGUUGUUGUGGGUGUGUACCAGAGGUUUGGUGGUUGUUAUGGGUGUGUACCAGAGGUUUGGUGGUUGUUAUGGGUGUGUACCAGAGGUUUGAUGGUUGUUAUGGGUGUGUACCAGAGGUUUUGUGGUUGUUAUGGGUGUGUACCAGAGGUUUGGUGGUUGUUAUGGGUGUGUACCAGAGGUUUGGUGGUUGUUGUGAGUGUGUACCAGAGGUAUGGUGAUUGUUGUGGGUGUGUACCAGAGGUUUGGUGGUUGUUGUGGGUGUGUACCAGAGGUUUGAUGGUUGUUGUGGGUGUGUACCAGAGGUUUGAUGGUUGUUGUGGGUGUGUACCAGAGGUUUGAUGGUUGUUGUGGGUGUGUACCAGAGGUUUGAUGGUUGUGUAUGUGUGUACCAGAGGUUUGGUGGUUGUUGUAGGUGUGUACCAGAGGUUUUGUGGUUGUUGUGGGUGUGUACCAGAGGUUUGAUGGUUGUUAUGGGUGUGUACCAGAUGUUUGGUGGUUGUUAUGGGUGUGUACCAGAGGUUUGGUGGUUGUUGUGGGUGUGUACCAGAGGUUUGAUGGUUGUUGUGGGUGUGUACCAGAGGUUUGGUGGUUGUUGUGGGUGUGUACCGGAGGUUUGAUGGUUGUUAUGGGUGUGUACCAGAUGUUUGGUGGUUGUUGUGGGUGUGUACCAGAUGUUUGGUGGUUGUUGUGGGUGUGUACCAGAGGUUUGGUGGUUGUUGUGGGUGUGUACCAGAGGUUUGGUGGUUGUUGUGGGUGUGUACCAGAGGUUUGAUGGUUGUUGUAGGUGUGUACCAGAGGUUUGAUGGUUGUUGUGGGUGUGUACCAGAGGUUUGGUGAUUGUUGUGUGUGUGUACCAGAGGUAUGGUGGUUGUUGUGUGUGUGUACCAGAGGUUUGGUGGUUGUUAUGGGUGUGUACCAGAGGUUUGGUGGUUGUUGUGGGUGUGUGCCAGAGGUUUGGUGGUUGUUAUGGGUGUGUACCAGAGGUUUGAUGGUUGUUGUGGGUGUGUACCAGAGGUUUGGUGGUUGUUGUGGGUGUGUACCAGAGGUUUGGUGGUUGUUGUGGGUGUGUACCAGAUGUUUGGUGGUUGUUGUGGGUGUGUACCAGAGGUUUGACGGUUGCUAUGGGUGUGUAUUAGAGGUAUGAUGGUUGCUAUGGGUGUGUAUUAAAGGUUUGGUGGUUGUUAUGGGUGUAUACCAGAGCUAUGUGGUUUGAAUGUAAUUGUUGUAAUGGCUGUGUAAAUGUGGUUUCGAGCAAUACAGCAAGGUGUUAUAAGUUUGUGCCUCAGUAUGGUUGUGAAAUAAACUAAUACACUGUAUUUGCAUGACAAUUUUUUUUUCGAGCUGUUAAAGUGUUGACACCAAAGACAAUUGAUAAUGUAAGAUGAUCUCAUUAUGUUGACAUGUAAACAUGAACAUAUUGGUAAUUAUUACAGCCACCGUGUCUUCACUAGAUGAGACUGUGUACCAGAUGUGGUGGGCCACACUUCAUUUCCACUCCUUUCAGUUAAUUUUAUAUGCCCUAAUUUAAUAGGUUAUCUAGUCAUUUAUAAAGAAUAAGUCUUCAGUAAAUUGUCAGCUAUGGAAUUUGAGAGUUCUGAUUAUAUUAGUGUUUUUUCUGAGCCAAUAACCAGUUAAAUUGAAUGUACACUUCACCAGUAUAUAACAUUAUUCUAGUUUCUUUAAACACAAUUGUAUGUUGUUCGUAAAGUAAACAAUCAAGAAAUGGCCCAGGUUUUAUUUUUAAUUGUAAAUACUGUGUUGAGAUUUUCUGUUCUAGUCUUAUGCUCUACAAACAAUCAAAAGCUCUAAAAACCUGGUUUAGAUUAUUUUUUUCUGUAGAAGUAAUAAUCACAAGCAUAUGGAAUAAUCAUGUAAAUAAUUUUCAAGUCAAUACUCUUCUCCAUAAUUCUAACAGACCAACUUUGACUAUUUAUUAGAAAUAAAACCCACAGGAAAAAAAUUCUGAAGAACCAAACAUCCAAAAAAAUUGAGUUUUACAUUCAUCUUCUAGAUACUUUAUUGAUGAUAUCAUAAAUUAUUGUUCUUAUCACUUGAAUUCCAUUGUCAGUUCCAAUUACAUGUACAUCCUGUAAGCUGUAUAGUGUCCUGAUGAUGGUGUGAAUCAUGUCGGCCACCACCUGUUGUACUGAUUGGAAACCUGUCUUCAGGAGUUGCUUCUCUAUAACUUUUAACAGUACAUGUACAUGUAUUUCCCUUUCAUUUCUUCAAGUUAACCAUUUUUAUUGUUCAGAUUAUUUAGCAAUAGUGGGUUCUGUCCAACCACUUUAGUGCCUGCGUCUAAAUUAAUAUCCUCAUGUUUAAUUUUCUUUUUUAUGAUCCUAGUUUUACCCUUAAUUGCAUUACAUGUAUAUCAUGCCAUUGUCUAUAAUUCGCUUUGUUCUUUAUAAAUAUUCUAGUUCCAAUUAUAUUACAUUUUGGGAAUAUUUUCAUAUUAUUAAUUAAUUCUUUACACAUAUUGUAUUUAUUCUCCCUAUCUUGUUGCACAUUGUUGGUAUGCUAUAUUUAAAAUGUUGAAGUUGAUAGAAAACUUGUUGAAAUAUUCCUUGUUCAUGUCAGAAGAAUUUAUUUCAACGAGAUAAUUUAUUUUAUUGAAAAAUGUCUCAAGACAUUAUGGGCUUCUUUUGUUUUAAGUUGUUAAGAAUUUUUUAACAUAAUAGUUGUUUGGGACCAACUAGAUUUACAUGUUGGCCCCAGUUUAUCAGCGUUCCAUAAUUUAAAUUUUCUAAAGGAAAGCAUUAUUGGAUUAAGGGAAAAUUAGUUUUUUGUUAAGGAAAUUUCCUUAAAUUCCGUAAUGCAUUCCUAUGGAAAAUCUUAGCUAAGGAAUUUUGAUGAAACUGGGACCUGUUUAGUUAAAAUCCAUGUGGAGUGCACAUGAAGUACGUUUCCAUUGCGGAAAAAUUGGAAGGUUCAGAUUGAGGAGACUUUCCAAAGUAACCCUUCAUUCACAAGAUUUUCGCCUCACACAAUGAUCGACUGAUAGUAAAAGAAUGAGAAACUGAAUGACAAAUGUUCCAACUCAAUUGUGUUUGUCUCUCCACAAAUUGUGUGUAUAACAGGGGACUAUCUUAUCUGUUGAGGUUAAAAAGCUAGUGUGAUAAAGACUGCUAGUCUAGUUAGAUAGUUCAUCUGAUCAAUGUUACUUUACAGAUAUCACCAUUCCUUCCAUCUCCAUUGACUAAAAAAUUAAUUAACAAUUUUGCAGGGCAAUGUAUGCACAAAAAUAUUAAUAAUUUCUUAGCAUGCAAUGUCAAGUUGCAGCCUUGUUUUGUAACCAGCAUUAUGGGUAAAAUAAGCAUUGUGGAAAACAUACAUGAAAUAGGUUUUCAAUUUUUAUGUGCAAUAAAAAGCAUGUAUAUUGUUAUAAAAUC